AUGAACGGUGAUCAGCCGGCCGAGCCCGAGAAGCCUCCUCCCGAGGCGCCGACCGCCAGUCCAGGCUCCAACGGAGCCGACACAUUGGCCAAGAAGCGCAAGAAGGAGAGUCUCAAGCCCAUCAUCACCACGGAAAGCAAACUGCCGCAGUCCAAGCAGAGUCAACAGCAACAAGACAGUGUUGGAUCACACCAAUUGUCCGCUGGCGCGCCUGCUUCGCCAUCAUCGUCCUCUGUCGACGACCCUGCAGAAAACACCGCCGACGAGGAGGAUUCUGAGGACUACUGCAAGGGCGGCUACCACCCCGUCCAGGUUGGCGAGAAGUUCAAGGAUGGAAAGUAUACCGUCGUGCGCAAACUCGGCUGGGGCCAUUUCUCAACCGUCUGGCUGUCGCGCGACAACACCAAUGGCAAGCAUGUAGCCCUAAAGGUUGUUCGCUCCGCCGCUCACUAUACCGAAACCGCCAUCGAUGAAAUCAAGCUUCUCAACCGAAUCGUCCAAGCCAACCCCGACCAUCCCGGCCGAAAGCACGUCGUCAGUCUGCUCGACUCUUUCGAACACAAGGGCCCUCACGGAACUCACGUUUGUAUGGUUUUCGAGGUGCUUGGCGAGAACCUGCUGGGCUUGAUCAAGAAGUGGAACCACAGGGGCAUCCCCAUGCCUCUAGUCAAGCAAAUCACCAAGCAGGUCUUGAUGGGUCUUGACUACCUUCACCGGGAAUGUGGUAUUAUCCACACGGAUCUGAAGCCCGAAAACGUCCUCAUUGAAAUCGGCGAUGUCGAGCAGAUUGUCAAAAAGGUCGUCAAGAACGAGCCGGCAGAAAAGGAGAACAACCGCAACGGAAGGAGGAGACGCAGGACCCUCAUCACAGGCAGCCAGCCGUUGCCGUCACCCUUGAAUUCAACUUUUAACCAGUCGAAUUUGUUCCCUGGAGGAUCAGCAGCACCGAGCUUUGGUAGCGUUUUGGACCAAGCUGCGAGCAGGAAUAGCGAGCCAUCGCGCAAGUCAACAGAAGAAACACAAAAACAAAGAGAAAAGACAGCAGACAUUCUUACCCGAGAGGUGUCCGGAAUCUCCCUCGAUAAGGCGAGCGGGCCUUCAGCCUCAACGGGUGAGAAGCGCAAGGCCGAGGACGCUCACGCUUUUGAUGUCAUCAGCGUCAAAAUUGCCGAUUUGGGCAAUGCGUGCUGGGUCAACCACCACUUUACCAACGACAUUCAGACCAGGCAAUAUCGAUCGCCAGAGGUUAUCCUUGGCGCGAAGUGGGGGGCCAGCACCGAUGUUUGGAGCAUGGCGGCCAUGGUGUUUGAACUGAUCACAGGCGAUUACUUGUUCGACCCACAGUCUGGUACCAAGUACGGCAAGGACGACGACCACAUUGCGCAAAUCAUUGAACUAUUGGGACCAUUUCCUCGGUCACUCUGCCUCAGCGGCAAGUGGAGUCAAGAAAUCUUCAACCGGAAAGGCGAGCUUCGAAAUAUUCAUCGGCUGCGACACUGGGCGUUACCAGACGUGCUGCGGGAGAAGUACCACUUCAAAGAGGAAGAGGCCAAGAGGAUCUCCGCAUUCCUGGUCCCCAUGCUAGAGUUGAUUCCAGAGAAGAGAGCCAACGCGGGAGGCAUGGCAGGCCACCCGUGGCUGGAAGACACUCCCGGCAUGAAGGGCCUGAAGAUUGAUGGGCUGGAAGUGGGCGGGCGGGGAGAAGGGAUCGAGGGAUGGGCCACGGAAGUGAGAAAGCGAUAA